CACUACUGUCCUACAACUUGCAGCUUUCAAGUCCUAUGGCCUAUGCAAGUAUAGCAUCUCUUAUAAGAACAAUGGAACUGCUGUUGACGUCCGAUUCACCAAUGUUAUCCCUUACUUUUGACCACAGAGAAGAAAUCAUAGAGCUUCAUAAAAAAGUCAGUUCUAUAGAAGCAUUUCUCAAGAACUCUGAGAAACAAAUCCAUAAUCAUAUGGCAAUGACAGAGCUGGAAGCGCGGAUAAAAGGAUUUGCUAAUGUCGUUGAAGACAAAAUUGAAUUUGGACUAAGAGAAGCUAUGAUAGCAGAAGAUGAAAUGCAGAGAGGUAAAGCACAUGAGAAACUUCGUGAGAGCUUGCAACGAGUAGCAAAGGACAUUGACCGUGUUCAAGAAGAGUCGCAAAAGAUUCAACAACAUAAAGGUAGCCAAGCAUCAACGUUGUCCUUGUUACGAGAUACAAGUAGCUCAGAAAUAUUACCUAAUCUGGAUGUUUCGAACAAUAUGGUGGGACGUGACAAGGAAAAGAAAAGGAUGCUUGAAGAACUCAGAGGAGGCUCUAAAGAUGAACUAAAAGUCAUCCCAAUUGUUGGGAUGGGUGGCAUUGGUAAGACAACUUUAGCAAAACAAGUCUUCAACCAUCCUUCGAUUAAGUCUCGUUUUGAUGUUCGUGCUUGGGCUACUAUAUCUAAAGAAUACAAUGUGAAAGAAAUCCUGCUAAGUCUUCUACAGUCAAUAAUCAAUAUCGAUGACAAAGUCUACAGCAGAGAUGAGGAUGAGCUAGCAGACCUACUACAGAAAAAAUUGAAAUGUAGGAGGUAUCUUAUUGUCAUAGAUGACAUAUGGAGCAAUAAAGCAUGGGAUGACACAAAACAAUGUUUUCCAAUUGAUAAUAAUGGAAGUCGAAUAUUGUUGACUACCCGUCAUACUGAGGUAGCUAUUAAUGCUAGCUCAAGUAAUCUUCUUUUAAAGAUGAAUCUCAUGAAUUCAGAUGAGAGUUGGAACCUUUUUAAGAGCAAGGCGUUUGCAAAUGAAAGCUUCCCGCCUGAACUACAGACCAUAGGUGAGAAAAUUGCAAGCAAAUGUCAAGGGUUACCACUAACGAUUGUCGUGGUUGCUGGUCUUCUCUCCAAAUCAAAGAGAACAAAAGAAGAAUGGGAGAAUGUUGCUGAGAAUAUUAAGUCGUUUGUAACGAAAGAUCCUGAUGAACAAUGUCUACGUGUGCUCGGAUUGAGUUACAACUACUUGCCUAAUGACUUAAAAGCAUGCCUUCUGUAUUUUGGAAUAUUUCCAGAAGACAGUGAAAUUUCAGUGAAGAGAUUGGUGAGAUUAUGGAUUGCUGAGGGGUUCUUGAAGCUGGAGGGUGACUUGGAAGAAGAGGCUAAAAACCGUUUGCAGGAUCUCGUGGAUAGAUGUCUAGUUUUAGUUAGCAAAAGAAGUGCAGAUGGAAGAAAAAUCAAGACAUGUAGGAUUCAUGAUCUGGUCCAUGAGUUAUGCUUGAGAGAAGCACAAAGCCAAAACUUUUUGUUUAUCAGAAAUGAUAAAACAGGAUCCGUUCCUCGUGUGGGAUGUCAAUGGAUUAGCAUACAGAAAAGUCAACAAACUGAUGAUGUAAUACUUGAAUUAUAA